CAUCAUGGAUUGCCAUCUCCAUCGGCCUUCCUUUGAUCUUGGCGGCCCUCUGCUCUCUGUAUUCCAUGGUUCGAGAAAACCAUGUUGCUCCAAUUUUUGUCAUGAACCUCUUCCUCUCUGACCUCAUCCAGAUGUGCUGCUUUGUCAUGUGGCUGGCAGCACCCAAGGAUUUGAACAUCAUUUCAACCUCUGGUCAACUUUACUAUGUUGGUUUGAUGGCCAGUGUUGGCUUCAUGGUGUGUGUAGCCAUGGAAAGGUAUACAGUCAUUGCCUGCCCACUGUGGUUCCGCUUCAGAAGAAACAUCAGCUUCUCUCUGCUGAUCUGCAUCAUAGUCUGGUUCAUCCCCUUGGUCCACACCUUUCUCAACAUCAUAUCAUCUCGUCCAUUGAGCCCACAUGUCCUCCUGUCCAUCUACCUCCUCCUGCCCUUUCCCCUGCUCAUCUUCUUCCUGGCUGGGACCCUCAAAGCCCUGUCCUCCUCCAUCUCUGUCCCCUCUGAGGAAAAACGGCGAAUUGUGGGAACCUUGGUUCUGGUGCUGCUCAAUUACACACUGCUGUUUGUUCCCUUGAUCAUUUUGUUUGUGCAGAUUAUUACUACUGCUCAUGAUGAUGACUAUAAUCUCGUUCAGCUGAGUCCCCUUAUGGACUUGGUUCUGUAUGUUUUUGUGAAGAAAGGGUCUGUAGACAAGCUGCUAGCCUUCCUGUGUCGAUGCAGGAUGACCACAGAGCAAGAGCAGGGGCAGAUCUCCACUGUGGACAGCAACACUCUCCACACAGUCAGCUCCAUGUAGACAGAGGAGGACAGGGAGAGGGAGAC